AAUGAAUUUUGUGGUGAACGGUUGUGUCGCGUCGCGUCUGACUAAAAGUCGGGAAAUAUUCUACUAACUGCUGCUUCACAAAUGCCAAAGGACUAAGCAACAAAUUUGUCAAUCGGCAAAUUAUUUAUUGCGGCCAGCAAACCAGCCAAUAAUAACAAUACCAGCCGUGCUUAUAAUUUGCCGUAUUGGCUGAAAAGCAACAACAACAACAAACCCAGAAGAAUUUGCCGUCAUCGGCGUAAUUAUCUUAAAUAGUUUGUAAACCCCCAGCCAUGUCCGACGCGGGCAAAUCGAAUAACAAUGCCGCCACAGCGGCAAGUGGCGAUGAGGACGUCGACGAUGUGACACCUACACCAACUUCUACAACGACAACACCGCGCAACAAUCACAACAACAACAAUGCCAGCAACAACAGCAAAUUGAAAUCGGCGCAGAACAGUAAUGCGGGCAGCGGAGGAAGCGGCAGCAUAGACAAGCUGUCACCAGACCAGGAUAUUUAUAUUAAUGCCGCUGACGGUCUGCCCACCCAGCAUCCAACGUUGCCGCCGGAAGGAGAUGUGGAUAGCGAUACGGAGCCGGAGGUGGAUGCCGAUUCAUUUGAUGAUUUGCCCACAUCGAUAAUUGUGACCAACAUACACUCGGAGGUGUUUGCGAAUCCGGAGUUGAAGCAUGCCAUGGAGGAACUAUUUCGCACAUUUUGCGAAUCGGCUACUUUUCAAUGGCUGCGCAGCUUCCGACGACUGCGGGUGAACUAUGACAACGCGAUUGCAGCGGCAAAUGCUCGCAUCAAGCUGCAUCAGUAUGAGUUUAACAAGAAGACGGUGAUUACCUGCUACUUUGCACAGCCGGUUACACCUGUCAGCAACAAGAAUUUACAGCCGCCGGCGCCGGUUAAACAGUUCCUGAUCUCACCGCCCGCAUCGCCGCCAGCGGGCUGGGAACCACGCGAGGAGGGUGAACCGUUGGUCAAUCAUGAUCUACUUGCCGCUCUGGCCAGCCUGACGCCGGGUGAAUCGCAUGAGCUGCAUCCACAGAGCGAGGAUCAGCCAGCCAUUAUUGUGCACACGGCCAUGGUGCCCGAGGGAGGCGGUGGAAGUGGAAGUGGAGUUGCUGCAGUUCAGCCCAAAGCACCCAUUGUACAGACCAAGUGUCCGGAGCGUGCAUAAGCGCCAAGAUGAAGCUUAAAAGUGAACUUUGAAUGAUUUGGAAGAGACAGCACUCCACGCCCAGCAUAGAGCAUCGUUUUGGAAAGUCACAGGUUAUUGUGUUGAGACCUGAAGCGUUGAACUGACCUGCUGAAUUCAAAUGGAAAAUGAGAUGAGUGGGUGGGGCAGACAAGAUGGUCAGCUUUGAGUUCAGCCUGAUGGUUGAGUAUUGUUUGUAAAUAAUUUUAUAAAAUUCGAUUGUGAUUAAUUUACAUGUAGCUAUGUUUUGUAUUAAGUACUCGUACUCGUACUAUCUAUUGCUCUCUCGUUUUUGAGCGUUUCAUUUGUCCCCCAACUUCCGCGUGUAGCCGUCGAGCAUUUAUCGAAGAUUAGCUUAUCUUAAUGUGCGCCAAUUGGAGUUGCUAAUUAAUUCUAGAUGUGUUUCUCGUUUGCAUACGAAAUCGCGUUGUGUCUCGCUCUCGCUCUUGGUGUCUUGUUGUACUCGUUGUAUCCGUUGUAUCCGUGCUUGUAUCGAUAUCGGUGUCUGCAAUCGUUACUCGUUACUUGUUAUACGCUGGCUAUCCACACAAUAGGUAACUGCACCUUCAAUGUUACUAAACUCUGUAUGUAUUUGUCUGUGUUUAGCUGCUUU